AAAAGAGAACUGUCAGUCAUUUUACUCUUUGGUCUAUAUUUUCGUGAAAAAUAGUGAAUUAGUAGUAAAAGUAUUUGUACGUUCAAUCCUUGCUAUCGAAAAACAUUUAUACACUCUUUUCCAUAUUUACUGCAAGCUUUGAAUAUCAACAUAAGCAAUGCUAUUAUGAUCUUAAUAAAGUUGUAAAGGGAAUGAAUUCAGGUAGAUUUCAUGACAAAGUUAUUGAAGGAGCUUAUACAAAACUCUCUGUCUUACCAUUAUGUUUUAUAGUACAUAUUUUAAAGAAUUGAAUAAGAUCGACUGGAGUUAUCAUCUUUGUGUUAUUAAUUGUAUGCCUGUGACUAUUGCCAUAAACAUUUUGUCCAAUGGGCCAUUGUCUAAGUUGUUUCAAAAAUCAAGCCAAUGCUGAUAACAGUACAUCUCAAAGAAAUAAAGAUGAGAUGACAGAAAUUGUCACUACCCAUCAAGUGCCUGCUGUCAUGGUAUCGGACUAUCCUCAGGAAGAACCACUUCUUCAUAAUAAUGAGAACAGCAUAAUUUACAGGAACAACACUAAUUUGCAGAAUGCUAAUACUUUGGCUUCGGUAGGGGAACCCUGCCCAGAAGUACAUCCUCAAAAAACUCAGUAUUGUCCUGACAAGUCGCAAAAAACAUUCUAUCAAAAAUUGCCAUCAAUACCUCGAACUAUGUCAUCAUUAGGAACAAGUGAACCACGAAUUUCUGAAUAUAAAAUUAAUCAACUAUUUGACCAAUAUAAAGAUUCAUUAGAAGAUGCUAUUUUAGCAGAAGGAAUAGAGAAUCUUUGCAAUGAUUUACAACUGAACCCUGAUGAUUUCAAAGUUUUGGUGCUUGCAUGGAAGUUAAAUGCUAGUCAAAUGUGCAGAUUCACAAAAUCGGAGUUUGUACAAGGCCUUAAAAACAUGAAAACUGAUUCUAUUAAAGGUAUUCAGCUCAAGUUGAAUGAAAUUACUUGUGGAUUAAAUAGAGAUUCUGAAAGUUUUAAAGAUUUGUAUAGAUUCACAUUUAAAUUUGGUUUAGAUGUAAGUACUGGUCAAAGAAUACUGCCAACAGAUAUAGCAGUACUCUUGUGGCGUCUAGUCUUCACAAACAAUGAACCACCAGUAUUAGAUAAGUGGCUGAGUUAUCUGGAGAAAAAUACUCACAUCCGAGGCAUUCCCAAAGACACUUGGUAUAUGUUUUUAAACUUUAGUGAGUUUGUUGGAGAAGAUCUUGGCACUUAUGAUGACACCGAGGCUUGGCCAAGCCUUUUUGAUGAUUUUGUGGAAUAUGAAAAUGAUCAGAUGAACCAGAAUGUUACAAAAAGUGACAUCAAGAUACAGGAUUGAGCUCUUAUAUUUGCCAAAUUUUAGCUGUGUAGGUACUUAAGGACAUUGAGACUGAUAAUUGUGUGGAGUGUUUGAAAACAUUUAUUCUGUAUCUCACUACUGAAUGAAGAAUGAGUGUAAUAUAGGAAUGUGGUUCAAAAUGCAGAUGUAUCAUAAAAUAUACUAAUGAGAUUCAAACAAAGUUAAAUGUACAUAAGGUUAUAAUUAUAAAUUUAAUAUUUGUGAAAUUAUGUGUAGACUUAGACUUAAUUCAUACUUUAUGUACUUGUACAACAUUCCAGAUAUGGAAUUAGCCAAAAUCUGUAUAUAUUAAUAUGUAUUCGAAAUCUGUACCCAUUAAAUCUAGGUUGCUUGACUUGGUUACCAGUACAUAUUUAUUUUCUUUUGUGAAUUCAAUUUUUGGUGCCAUUCAAGGUUGCCUAGAUUGCACAAUUUUUUUGAUGAAUAAUAAUAAUAGAUUUAAUCAAA